AUGGGUUGCGGGUCAAGUAAACCAGAAACGGCGUCUGCCGCUGUUGUCGAUGGCAGUAAAAACAGCGGUAAGGAUGCAUCAUCACCUAAAAGCAACCUACGCGAAUCAGAGAUUAUAAGGCAGAUCCAAGCAGACAGUACUCCAGAUUUGUUGGGUGCCCAUGGCAAAAACGCUCGACCACUUAUGAACAACGCUACAUCCAAGCCACAGCUAGUCAGCCAGUUGAAGGAAACGACCGCUGUCAAGCUUGCCAAAGGUGCUGAUAGGGGUGCAGGUGUGCACCAUUUGAAAAAUGUAUUCGCCGCACCGCUGGAAGAUCUUAAUUCCUUCCAGGCCCCAGUAUUUCCCAAAGGCCAGGCAGAGAGAUCAUUUAUUCAUGAAGCACUCGAACAGAACUUUGUCUUUUCGGCGCUUUCCGACCGGGAGAUGAAAACAAUCAUUGAUGCAUUCGAAAGUUGCAAAAUACAACAGGGUGAUACUUUAAUAAGACAGGGAGACAUAGGUGAUUUCUUUUACAUCAUGAGAGCCGGGAAGGUCCGGUUUGAGCUAGGUGGAAACGUGGUGGGGUAUGCCACAAAGGGCAAGUCAUUUGGUGAGCUUGCCUUGCUAUACACCAGUCCUCGUGCCGCUUCUGUCAUUGCGGAGACGCCUACUACAGUGUAUCGAGUAGAUCAGAAAACUUUUCGGUACAUCAUGCAAUCGCAAACACUACAGGCUGAAGGUGAUAAGAAAAAUCUGUUGCAGGGUAUUACCUUCUUGCAAGACCUGGAUGCUUCCGACCUCAACAAACUUGUACACACAAUGACUCCGCGCAAAUUCGAGGAGGGUGAAUAUAUCGUAAUCAAAGGAGAAGAAGGAGACACAUUCUAUGUCAUCCAAGAAGGGCAAAUCUCUGUCAAGAAUAUUACCAUUGGAUCAAGAGACUACGAGGACCAAGUCCUUGGACCAGGAGAUUACUUUGGCGAAAGAGCCUUGCUAGCAAAGGAGCCGCGAUCAGCAGAUUGCGUUGCCAAUACCAAUGGAAUUGCGCUGACGAUCGACAAGGAAACAUUUGAAAAGGUUGUUGGAAAACUGGCAAUGCUCAUGGUGAAAUCGGAAGAUCGACGAAAGUUGGCUGCUCUACGAAUAUUUCAAACAUCAAAGAUAUCACAACCGACCCUUGCGGCACUCGCCAGUGAAUUCAGAGAUAAGAAGUUUAGCGGCGAAAAAGCGAUCGUAAGGGAAGGAGAAAAGACGACAGCAGCGCUUUACUUUGUGCGGAAGGGAAAAGUCCGUUUGCAAAGUGCUGAUGGCGAAAGAGAUACCAUCAUUGAUGAGGGUGGAUACUUUGGGGAAGACAUGCUGGAAGUCGACGUUGGGGGGCUGAAGAAGAGUUCAAGGACUGUUGCCAAGUACACAGUAACAACAUUCAGUGAUGGUCUUGUUGCCGGUGUGCUUUCAAUUUCGGAUUGUAGGAAAAUUUUUGACACCACAAGGCUGUCAUCUGGAAAGAGUGAAAAGCGCCUUGAUACUGGUGAGCUUGAUAUCGAUCUGGAUCAACUAGUCAAACACGGCAUUUUGGGUGCAGGAACCUUUGGCCAAGUGUGGCUUGUUACCAACUCAGCAAGUCCUGAAGGUCGAACCAAACCAUAUGCUCUGAAAAUCCAGUCCAAACACGAACUUAUCCAAAACCACCAAGCAAAGGGAGUGAUUCAAGAGAAGAAUCUUCUCAAAGAGGUUCGACAUCCAUUCGUCAUUAAUCUUGUGCAAACCUAUCAGGAUAAGCAAUACUUAUACCUACUUCUGGGUGUCGUGCAAGGUGGAGAAUUGUUCAGUUUGAUGCAUCAAACGACGUACGACGGCAUGAGUGAAAAGGAUGCCAAAUUCUACGGUUCAGCUGUUCUUGAGGGCCUUUCGCAUAUUCACAGACAACAGAUUCUCUACAGGGAUUUGAAAGCCGAGAAUGUGCUCAUUGAUAGUACUGGAUAUCCAGUGAUUGUUGAUUUCGGUUUUGCCAAAUAUGUCCCAACCAAAACCUACACACUGUGCGGGACCCCACUCUACUUGGCACCCGAGGUCAUUCUUAAUCGUGGUCAUGAUAAGGGGGCAGACCAUUGGUCUUAUGGAGUUCUAUUGUUUGAAAUGAUUGCAGGGUACACACCUUUCUUUGACGACGGUAUGGAUCAAAUCACUCUUUUCCGAAGAAUCUGCAAAGCUCAAUAUCAAUUUCCACCUGCUGGCGUCAUGUCGAUGGAAGUAGAAGAUCUGCUGCAACGAUUUUUUGUCUUGGAUCCAGCCAAGCGGUUGGGUUCCCUGUCGCGAGGCAUUAAUGAAAUUUACGCACAUCUCUGGUAUGAUUCUGUCGAUUUCGGUGCAAUUCGUCACAAAGAGAUCAAGGCACCAUGGAUACCCGAACUCAAAGAUCCGCUCGACAAAUCAAAUUUUGAAAACUGGGACCACCUGGAAGACAAGACACUAAAGACACAUCCUGCACUGACGCCUGAACAGCAAAAGAUAUUCGAGGACUACUAA